AUGCUCACUCAGAGAAAUGCCACGACGAACGGAUCGUAUCCUACCCAUUCGUCAUCUCCAUCAUUGAAUACAAAAUUGGGUGUCCAUCAACAAGUGGAUGAUGAGGAGAGUCGUCUCUCGGAUGUUGCUUGUAAUUAUGAUAAAGAACCCAUCAUGCCAAAUGUCACAUUGGGUGGCACUUCGUAUUUGCAACGAUUGAAAUUGGUGGCACGAAGAAUCUUGUCAAAAUAUGGAUGGUCCAAAUCACUCGAUUCAAACAAAUCGGGUAGUGAAAGGAAUGGAAUGGAUUCAAAUUUUCCAUUUUGUAAAAUACUUUGUAUCACAAUUAUUGGUUUUUUUAUUGCAUUUACCAUAUUUGGCUACUUGACAUUUGUCAUGGCCAGAAAUUGGCUCAUGAACUCGGCUCCUGAUUUACUAAUCACACAACUCGUUCGAAAGGGAAAUUUAAAACAUUUAUUACAUCAAGUCAUUGAUCGAGUCUAUUUAUACGAUCUCGAAAAGAAUGAACCAAAACUCUUUUUAGGAAUGGAUACUUCACACGAUGGAGAAUUUACAGCACUCGUUCGACACAUGUUGAAUAAUGAAGAUUUUUAUCAUUAUGAAACUAGUAAUAAUAAUAAUAAUGGAAAGAAUUCUGAAAUUCGAAAUACUCACACCAUUGUUGAUAUUGGAGCUCAUGAUUGUCUCAGUGGUUCCAAUUCUUUUAAUUUCAUCAAAAUGGGAUUUGAUGCCAUUUUAGUGGAACCUUUUCCAAAUAAUAUGAAAUUAUGUAAAUAUAAUUUAGAGAGAGCCAGAAAAUCAUUUGUUGGAGAUAAGGGAGCUGUUAGAAUGAAACAGAGAAUUGAAUUUGUUGAGGCAGCCAUUACUUCACAGGAUGGAAUGUCUGUGUUGGGAAAUAGAGAUGAUACGGAUGCUUGGGGAAUGCAAUUUUUUGUUGACAAUAAGAAAUCAGGAGCUAUUGCUGGUCCUGUAAAUGCUGCCACUCAACAAGAUGAAAAACAUUUGGAUGUGACCAGUGACAGUACCAAUAACGGAAUUCUGGUCAAGACCAUGACCUUUUCUACCUUUGCAGCUCAAUAUAAUCUUCCUAAAAAAUUCACAGCCUUGUCAAUUGAUGCAGAAGGACAAGAUCUCAACAUUUUAUUAGAAAUGAUGAGAAGUGGUUAUCGACCAUUGUAUUUAAUUUAUGAAGGUUUGCAUGGAACUGGUUUGAAAAUUGAAGGAAUGGCUAAACAUGGUUAUAAAUUGGUGGCAGAGAGAGGUUGGAAUCAAAUUUAUGUCUAUCGAGGUGUGGAUGAUGCCGCGGCAAAGAAGUAA